GCGGCGACCCUCGAGUCAGGAGCAUCCGUCGUUGCCCGUCGACGUCGCGCAUCGGUCCCGUGCCCGACGAAAAGGGGGAUUCGCGGUGUGGACGAGGAGGCCGCGCCGUCGUGAAACGUGAGAACCUCUCCCGCUCUCCGUGACCAAAUUCGUGCGCGUCGCCCGUCGCCGUCGCCGUCGCCGCGGCGCCUCUUCGGCCGGGAGGCCGAAUUCCGUGAGUCCUGAGCGAUCGGCCGGGAAAAAGGGAGAGAGAUAGAAAGAAUAACUUCGCCGCGCUACCUGUGCCGCCCCGACGUUUCCCCUCCCUCCCGCGCGUCGCGAUUCGCAAUACGAGAUCUCGACUCCCCGCGAUGCCUGUGUGACAUAUACGUGCGCGAGGUGUUUUUACGAGUAUUCCUGCUGCCCACUUCGCCGUCCCCCCCGCGCCACAGCCCGGAAUCCGGAGAGAAAGGGGUUGUAGACGGAGGGUGGGAGCGAGACGUCGAAGGUGUCGGAAAGAUGUCCCCUGGCACGUGGCACCGGUGGUCGGUGCUCUUGCUGCUCCUGCUCGCCACGAGAUUCCUCUCCGUGCACGGCCAAUGCGGCUCGUACGCCCAGGACCGGCAGGAGAAGCAGGAGAAGCAGGACAAGCUGGCGCUCUACAAGGUCAUGUUGAGGACCUACUGGUCGAGAGCGCGAUUCCCGAGACAUUAUCCGGAGUGGAAGCCUCCAGCGCAGUUCGGCAAGCUGAUUGGUCGAACGCACGACUCGACUUACACUCUGUAUAGAUUAGGCGAGAGAUUGUCUACGGGUGCUAGAUUAUAUGUGGAAACCGGAAGAGCCGAUGGAUUGGACGCGGAUGGCGACUCACCCAACAGCCUUCACUCAUUCACGGGUCCUCCGAUUCCUCAAGGCGAAGGCACAAGCGUCACUCGGGCCUUUUUGGACGGCAAUCAUACUCUAAUUAGCAUUAUGGCGCGCAUCAAUCCCAGCCCCGAUUGGUUCGUAGGCGUGGAUUCCUUCCAAUUGUGCGUCGAGGGCAAUUGGGUCGAUACUGUUACCGUGGAGCUCGACCCGCUGGAUGGGGGCACGGAUAACGGCUUCACAUUCACGGCUGCCAACUGGCCGACGCAGCCCCAAGGAAUCGCUUACAGGAUCACAUCCCGAUAUCCGGCACAUCCCGCGGGAAGCUUCUAUUAUCCGAAUCUACCUCGUCUACCGCCGAUAGCUACCCUCACAUUCACCAAGCUGCGCGAGUACACCCUGACCGAAUCGUAUCACGAAGACGAAGUCGAGGUGGAAUUCGUCAGCAAUGAUAAUCUGCAAGCGAACAGCGAGACCCCCAGAGGAAUCGAUCCAAACAGGGAUCUAAACGAAGCCAUAGCCGAGGAACGAAGGGAAAUGGACACCCAGAGAUACAGAUACUGGAGCACGACCGGGAGCGGCCAGCAAGUCGUGACGGACGUUCCGCGUGACAACAAGGCGGCGAUCAUCAACAGCAUCGCCACGUCGUACGCUCUGCAGAGACCGAGGUACACCGCGACCGCGAUACCGCGAACAUCGAAGGUCGCCGUCGACGGUAAAAUGAGGUACAGCGAGGUCACAGGAAAGUCCGACUGGCCAUAUUACCAGACGUACAGGCAAACAGCGGAGACGCAGAAGGCGCAAAUCUACGAGGAUAUUCAGAGGAAGAUUGCCAACGUGUCGAACGUGUCGAGUACGGGCUACUCAUUCGUGAACAACGUGACCAACUCGGCGGAUCAGCGCCAACACAGAUUCAGGAUGAAGCAUCACGGAUUGACAUCCAAAGGCAAACGAGUUAGAACACGUGCACCGAGAGAUUGCAAGGUCGGCGAAUGGGGCCCGUGGAGCGCGUGCAGUCGCAGCUGCGGGGUGGGCGAGACCCAGAGGACGCGGAAAGUCACGAUAAAGCCGCGCCGGGGUGGCGCACUGUGUCCGCCGCUGAAGGAGACCAAAUGGUGCGGUAGCGUCAAUCCGUGCUCGGAGAGUAAGCCGAUCAUCGACUAUCAUUGGUAGUCAUCGUUCGCGUCGGUCCCCUUCCACGAACACGUGUACCAAAGUGACUCGCUCACGGACGACAGGUCGUGUAAGCCAAAGACGGGCAAGACGAGCGAGGAGUGACUUAUGCGAGAAACGCACGCUGGGACGCGAAUAUGAUGAUUAAAUAUGGGAAAUUCGAUAAAUGGAAAAAUUAUAUAAGCUGAAGAAGAAUAUCUUUUUUAUAUAUCUCUCUCUCAUACACACACACAUACACAAUAGUCACGUACAAUAGUCACCGCAACAUGACUAGAGGUGUAUUUGUGAGAUAUGUCAUACUUUAGAACGGGAGUAGCGAUCUGCGUGAUUUGACAAUAUGCGUUACACGAAAAUUCAUAAACAAUAUCUGAUAUUUUAAGGUAAAAGAAUUAGUAACUGCAGCGAUUACAUUGGCAUCGGACGAUAAUACCAUGUGCAUUUACGCAGACGACUAUAAUGAUCAUGCAUGACGUAAUUUCGCGUAAUCCCAUUGCUAUUAAAUCCUGUUUGAUAUAUACCUAAACGAAUGGCCGUGACGAGGAAGAGCGUCGAGUCAUAUAAUCGAACGGUAUAAUAUAUUUCAUUACAAUUAGUAUUCGCAACCAUUGCAUAUUUUCGCGGCAAACAAGCGGAGAAGCAUUAUCGCAUAUACAUUGCAGCGGCUUUAUUUUACUCGCUUGCAUUUAUUGUCGUUUGAUGUCACGUUCGUCCUGUGCGAUACGUACACAUACAGGUGUGUGUCGCUCGAACCGCGAAUAUUGAAAAACACAAAGAUUGCCAAAGAGAAAUUCGAAUAGCUGACUCGCGUCGUAUCGCGUUUCCGCGUGUAUCACUAAAAUGCGUUUGAGGCUCGAUUUUCACUCCGAGCGCACGGCGUUUCGAUCUUUUUUUGUUUUCAGAAUAAUUGAACAAUCGGCGUUGUUUGUCGAAUUUGUUAUGGCGAAGUUUCGACGAAAACGCCGUGGAAUAGCGAAAAAGUAACGUAUCUAUUUAGAGUAUAUGUUUUGUUAGUGCAAGUUGAAUUAUAGAGUUCUACCUCGUGAUGACUCGUAAUCAGCUGCAAAUCUUAUGGCAGAUAAUAAAAUUAUGGACACAUUAAUACAUCUUCGAAAGAGAUUGUAUAUUCCCUUAAUUUACAUAUAUUAUUUUAACGUAUAUAUUAUGAUAUAUCGCUAUUGAAAAUUAAGUUAAUUCCCGACUUUACUCGCGUCAAAAGCGGGUUUAACGACCGUCGGGACGAGGUAAUAACAUGCCUAAUCUUUGCACGCGAUCGAAAAAAGAAAGGAACCUUGGCAUAAUUGGAAAAUUGGACCGACUUUCCGGAAGAAAAACGUUAGGUGCAAUUAAGCUGACAGUUUAAUCGCCAGUACAAAUGACGGACCGCGGUACGAGUGUGGUGAUCGGUGAGCUGCACGUUCAGGUGCGAGAAUUUCUCGGUGAAAUUCAACCAUCGCGUGCAGCACCGGAGUCUCGCUGAGAUUAAGCCGGCGUUUCCCGAAACGUACUGCAUUACUUAAAACGAAGUUUUUAUCGGCCCACUAUUUCCCAUCGCGGAACGAAAACAAUCACGUACAAAAUUUGUAAUCGAAUUCUUUUAAAUAAGACUAAUAACAAAAAAAAUCAUUUUUUUAUAUCUAAGCUUAUUUAUUAUUAUUAUAUAUAUAUUUCAAAGUUUUGCUCUUUAGCUUGUCUCUUUCUGUAACUUCACUGCCAAAAAAUAUCCUUCUCGAGAAACACAUCACAAUUUCGAAAUGUUGUGCAAUGAUCAAACAAGUAAAAUAAAAUAUAAAAGUAAAAUAUUUUGCGCAAAAGAAGAAACAAGAUCGAUGUCCGCGUAGGAUGUAUCGGACAAACGUCAGGGCGAUUUUCAGCACGAGAUGCGCGCUCGCAUAAAAUCCCAGACAAUGUUUUCGCGUGGGGAUGUUUUUCGCAAAGCGUCUCCUCGCUCGACGACAGCAUCGGCGAAGGAUAUCGUAUAAAGAAGGAACCUGCAGACCGGGUUCUAUUUUUUUUCUGCAUCGUCAUCGAGAGUGCUGCAUCUCUGUCUCACUCUCUCGUCUGUCUCUCUCUCUCUCGUGGCGUGGUAGGGAAAUUUUUACAAAGAUAUCACAUCAGGUACGUCUUAGGUGAGUGUAUUAUAUCUUAGGCAUAAAUUUAACAAUAAUAAUUAAUAACUAACGUCUAAUCGUUAAUUAUUAGGCCCGUAUUAAUCGCGCUCGCGACGCGGAGCUCGGCGUUGUGGAAAAUGCGAAACUUAAAUUAUAAGAACGAAAAGCAAUCUCGCUUUGGUGGAUGGAUUUAAGGGUGCAACGCUGAAUUCCGUUUGCGACGUAUGUUGACGCACGGCUUGUCCUUCACGUCUAGCGGCUGCUAUUCUCGUUGGACGUUUAGCAUAUUAAACGCGAUUGAUCGAUCGUGAGAGAAAUUUGAUACGAUCAAUGAAAUUAAAUGUUAAAAAUAGCCAUAAUUUGUCUAAUGAAGUACGGUGAACGUAACAAACAAGGAACAACAAUUAAUCUACACAUACACACACGUAAAAUGGCACGGUUGUAUUUAGCGCUACAUAUGCGGCCAGGAUAAAAGUCUACAUAGCUAAAAUACUUAUAACUCUUACGACUUUUUAUUUUAAUGGAGGUAUUAAUUUCGACAGAAAAACGAACUGUAUCUAUUGCUGUGUGUGUGCACUGCUACGGUUUAAAUAGUGUAUACAUUUUUGAAAUUAAUUUCUGAUGUUACAUAAUGAUAAUGAUUUUCCUGCUACAAUUUGACUUCCGCGAAACACGAAGUAAGCACGCUGCCUGGAAAAGAAUGGUACGAGCGGAAAAUGUAACGUACUGUACAACUCGUAUACUGCCGCAUAUAAUAUCUACGUUUGCCCGUUCCGCUGUAAACUAAUAUGAAAGACCAAUCUUUGCGAUGGUAAUGGAUAAACAUGGCGAGAACUCGAUUACGCGUAAAAAUUUUUAAUCGCAAAUUGCCGUGUGGUAACGUAACAGCUUCCACAAUUAUCUCAUACUUCACAAAACUCCUAUUACUGUAUUUUAAACGAUAUUAAAUAAAGAUACGAAAAAUCCGCACACAUCUUGGACAAUACUCUAAUAGAUGUACUCAUAAGAUGAUAUAUCGUUUUUAUACAAAUACAAUUUCUGCUCGUGCUAAGAUCUUUUUUUAAAAUUUCCAAGUUAUUAAAGCUUUUCGAAAGCUUUUCGAAAUAGUUUAGAAAGUCCUUGUACGAUGGAAAUAAUACAAUAGCUACCGGACAAAAACUGGAUACGAAAACCGAGAUGACCGUACCGUGGUCGAAAUUUUCUCGAAGGAAAGAACUGUCUCCGUCAAGAAAAAAUCCUUCGUUAAAAUUCGUUAACAACAGUCUCCGGUAUGCGUUUUACAAGCGAAAUAUAAUACUCUUCAACCUACAUAUCUUUGGAGCACAAAUACACAACAGAACAAGAAAACACACGACGAGGAUCGAUAAUCUUAAUUACGACGUAUUUAGGGCGUUUUCGUAUUAUCCGAUCGUUUGCGAUAAUUAGCGGCUGAUCUUCGCAAGAGAGAAUCUCUCGAGAAAGCCGUUGACGGCGGAAGCGCGCGGAUGAGAUCAAAUAUCAAGCCAGGCUAAUCCCUGAGACCGGAAAUCUAUCCGGCGUAUUGUAAAAUCUGUCAUGAAACAAUGCAGCACGGUGAUAAGAGAGCCGCUUUUCAUUUCUCGGUAUACACACAUACACAUACAUACACGUGCACGCAAACACAUCCACGCACGCAUACACAGAUAUAUAUGUAUAGGAAGGAGGACCGAGCCGUUGCCGUCUCGCAGUUAGAUGCAUUAAGGAUAAAUUUGUAAACUAAACGGGAACGCUUUCGUGACAUGAGAGCUUCUGUGACAUAGAAAGAGGAAAGGAGUGGAUAUGCUUGAAAUAACGAUGCAAAUAAAUUUGUAGAUAAAUGUGUUUGAGUUUGAUGCGCUUGGCUCGAUGCAAUUGAAUCAGAAAAUUCGCUUCCGCCAGAGACUGUAAUAACUUGAAAUCUUUUUCUUUGUUCGAGUUUAACAAUACGCGAUCACGAUCUCAAUCAAAAUUUUCUGAGUGUCACAAAUACUUAUAUAUGCGUGCUUUUAAUAGCAUAUCUAAUUGUACUAAUUAUGAUUACUUUAAUUUUUUUUUAUAAUUUGUGCACAAUAUAAUUCACAGUCUGUUCUUUACGGAAUAGAUUCGGUCUUUUCUUUACAGAAAGAACGACAACUACUAUAAUUUUUUGCAAGUUUUGUUUACCAUCAAAUAUUUAUUACAAUAUACAAAUGCAUUUUCAUCUUUUCCUCUUUCGCGCGUUACCGGCGUUACGUGACAAUGACAAAUCAAUGACAGAUCAAUGGAGGAGUAUGUGGAGUGCCACGAUGAUGAUUCUGUACAAGUCACUGUGCAUUCUAGCCGAUAAGGAUAGCCGAUAGGACUAGUGAUUAAGCCAAAGCAUAUGUAGCGAUGUAUAACACAUAAGUUUAUAUUACAUAAUAAAAUGUGUCGAGAAAAUAAGCGGGCUCCCUUCUCGAUCUUCGAAUACAUAAUAUUUUUCACUUGCGACGUAUGAAUGGUAUUCGUAUAUAAUAAAGUAGUAAUUAUUUCAGGAA